AUCUUUGCUCUUUCUCUUUCUCUUUAUUAUUUCAACAAUGCCACCAAACAUCACCUAUUCAUCCACUUCAAACGAAACUGCUGUUAUGAACUCAACUGACCGUCUAAUUGAAGCUACUCCUUACAUCGAUGUUGAAGUCCUCAUCUCGGAUCUGUUUGAAGGUGCCUUCAAAGUGAUUUCUGGAGUGUUCCCUAAAUGGAAAAGACAAGAUAUCAAGUUUGUCCAGUGCAAGGACGGGAUUACCAACCAAUUGGUCAAGGUAACCCAUCAACCUACUGAUAUGUCAGUUUUGGUCCGCGCUUAUGGAAAGGGAUCGGAUAAAAUUAUCGACCGUAAGCAGGAGAUUGUGAACAUCGUCACACUCUCGACUCAAAAGAUGUGUCCUCCGCUGUAUGGUCGCUUUAAAAAUGGUUUGGUUUAUGGGUAUAUUAAGGGUCGAGUCGCAUCUGUGGAAGAUCUUGGGCGACCAAAAACCGCAAGAUGGAUUGCUCAGCGUCUGGCCAAGUGGCACCAGGUACAGUUGGAUGACGCUAACAAGCAAGGUACCGAGAGAAAACAGACCUUGUGGGAUACCAUGUGGAACUGGCUUGAGCAAGUACCUGAAAAGUACACUGAUCCCAAGGCACACAAUAUUUUUACCUCCCGAUUCAACAAAAAAGCUUUGAGCACUGAUCUUAAAAAUUUGAUGGAAAGACUGGAAAAGCUUGAUUCCCCUAUUGUCUUCUCUCACAAUGAUCUUCUUUACGGAAACAUUAUCUUUGAUGACCAGAAAGAGGAAGCGUCAUUCAUUGACUAUGAGUAUGGAUGUUAUGCAUUUCGUGGAUUUGAUAUCGGAAACCACUUUAAUGAGUUUGCUGGGUUUGAGUGUGACUAUAAGAGAUAUCCAGACCGUGCAUUCCAACUCCAGUGGUUUGAAUGGUACCUGGUUGAAAGCACCGGCAAAAAACCCACACCUGAAACACUCGAACACCUCUACCGCGAAGUAAAUGGAUUCUCUUUGGCUUCUCACUUUUACUGGGGGCUAUGGGCCAUGAUCCAGGCCACAAUCUCCGACAUAGACUUCGACUACAUGUCUUACGCUGUUCUUCGAUUUGAUGAAUAUGAGAAGCGCAAAAACCAAGUCUUUUCUCUCUAAUUCUCCAUUUACAACCUUCCUUUUUUUCACGAACCAUCAAGCAUCGAUACGAUCACAUAUUUUUUUUUCUUUUUUCAUCUUUCCAUAUUUUUUGUAUUUUUCUUUACAUUCCUUUGAUGUAUUCUGGAUGUUGGUGAAAGAGUAUCUGAACUCUAUUCACCAAAAUAUCUAAAGCAGCCAGCCAUUCCCUCAUCAAACCAAUGGCAGUAUCAUCUAUAAUGUCGAUACGCUUAUAAAAGUCUUGACGGUAAGGACAAGACUUUACUGCCAACUAUUGAUAUCCAUAGAUUCACAAGCACGCGUAUAUAUAUAUAUAUAUAUAUAUAUAUACCAAAUAAUAAAUAAAUAAAAUAUAUAAUAAAAAUCUGGCUAUUUAUAUAAUG